GGUACCUUUAUUUUGAAUCAUGGAAUCAUUAUACAACAGAGCCAGCGCGACUAGAGUUUGCACCAGAACACGCUAAUCAACGUACGCAUGCCGCAUUUUGAUAGUAUCGCUUAUAAGGUUGUCCCUUUUUGUACGCGUGCCGUUUCAACUUGGGGAAUCCACGCCGUUUCGUGGUCUUUCACAUGCCGACUGCUCGUUUGAUGCUUUGAACCUUACUGGCUACCUGUAGCGCUAGGAACGUGGGAUAAGUACUCAAAAGCGAGCUCUGGUGCACUGACGCGUGUCCGCGCCAAAACCCUGGCGCGCGGCCCCCGACCUGCACCACGCUGCAAGUCGCCCUGCGCUUGCGGCAAGCGGCGACCAUGCGGUCGCGCGUAACCAAGGAGCCUGUGGCUUUUGAGCAAUGAGGAGGAUGGACCCUGAGGCAGGCCUGGCGGGCUCGGAAGCCCGCGCCUAGGGCCCUUGCUUCACCAUAGCAACAAAGUCGCGACACCACACUGGAGUCUUGAGUGCCGCAUCACAAUGUCGCGGGCCGGCGCCGGAAGCACCACUGCCAAGGGCCGCAGCGGAGGCGGGGGAGGCGGGGGCCGAGCAGGCGGCAAGGGCGGCGGUGGAGGCGGCGGGGGAGGGAGUGCCUACCGCUACAAGUACUUGGCGGAGGAGGUGCGGGAGGCGUACCUCUCUGACAAGGAGACAGGCGUG